CGUGCGUAUAUAUUGACCAGAAGAAGCUUAAUUUUUAGCAAUCGAAUGGCAAGCUCUCUUUCUUGAGGCUUUCCUGGCAAUUUCCUCCUCGCCCUCCUCCUCCUCCUCCUCCUCCUCUUUUGGAUCCGAUCUCAAACGGCCUCUCCAUGGCACUACCGGAAUGAACCGCGUCUCCAAGGACUUGCACUCGGCGUUGCUUCUCCGGCGGGGGACGGGCCUUGCUGGCGGAGGACGGUUUGCGGCGGAUGGCGACAGCUUGGAGCUGGAUCUCUUCUCCGCCACCCGCUUCGCUGGUCCUCCGCUCGGAUCUGGACCUGGAUCUGAGACCCUCGAAGGUUCGCUUGUAGAAUUUAGCAAGUCUGUUUCGCAAGCCAGGGUAGGGAGGAGCGGCAUGGAUGAUCUACUGGAUGCUGAGCUCGGGAAGCACGAUUAUGAUUGGCUUCUAACUCCACCUGGAACUCCUCAAGCUGCUCCUCUGGUUUCUCGCGAGAGCCAAGUACCUGCUGCCCCAGCAAAGCGUACUGUUGUUAGAUCUGCCUCAACUACUAGAGCAUCUAGGCUUUCUGCUUCACAAACGGAGAACAACCAUUCUGUACGACCAACCAGAAGUAGUUCUGUCACCCGUGCUUCUGUUUCAUCAAACUAUUUAUCCAAUCAUAAUCGUACCUCAGUCCUGAACACUAGCUCUGCCUCUGUCACCUCUAGACCAUCAACCCCUAGCAAGCGGCCAGUUACUCCAUCAGGAAAGGCACCACCUCUAACAUCUUGUUCUGUGCCAACACGUUCAUCCACUCCUGUAAAAACUAGAUCCACCUAUGGUUCUCCAGUUGUUAAAUCUGAAACAUCACGCAGUUCUAGGCCUGCAACUCCAACCAGGUCUCAAAUUUCUACUAAUACAAACUUGAUCAAUACUUCUGUUAUAUCCUCUUCAAGUUCCCGACCAUCAACACCCACUAGACAACCCAUUGUUCGAUCAACACCAUCAGCCCCAGCAGCGGCUGGGCGGUCCCCUUCUGUUGGGAGGCUUCCAUCUAGCAUUAGCCGUACUCCAUCUUCAACUUCCCGUCCGAGCUCUCCAAGCCCACGGCCUCGGCCACUAGUAAAUUCAGCAUCUUCUUCUCGUCCCAGCUCACCAAAUCGACCUCGAGCUCCAUUGACUUCAGCAUCCUCUCGUCCCAGCUCUCCUAACCCACGACUGCGUGCUCCAGUUCAGACAAUUGAUCUCCCAGAUUUUCCAAAUGAUGUUCCACCAAACCUCAGGACGAAGUUGCCUGAUCGUCCUCUAUCAGCUGGGAGGACACGACCUGGAAUGGCGCUUACUGUCCAAGCAAAUUUGAAAUCUGAACCUGUUGUUCCUUCAAGUUCAAACAGGAGGAUUUCUUUACCAGUUGUCUCUCGGAGUAAGUUCCCAGAAAAUCAACCCAAGGCACUAUCCUACAGCAAUGGACACUACAAUUCACUAGAGAACCAAAAGCCUGUGCUAUCAGAAGCCGGACUUCGCCGGAGUCCUAAACCAGCUUUAUCUACAGAAAGUACUGGAUUCGGAAGAACAAUAUCAAAGAAGUCACUGGACAUGGCUAUUAAGCAUAUGGACAUUCGACAAAGCUUGGGAGGCAUUCGUGGUGCAUCAAUCUUUCCUCAUAGCAUUCGUUCUACAGUUCCCAAGAAUCGGAUUAUUAGAUCAUCUGAGGCCAUUGUUCCUGUCAGUAAUGACGAAAGCUUUACUGAAAAUGGUAGUUAUGAUGGCGCUAUCUCAGUGGAUUCCCAUGUAACAGGAUCACACAACUUAAACUCUACCAAUAAGACUCCACAUAGGGAAAAUCUUAUGAUCAUGGAGCAAAUGAAUGACCUAGAUCUCUAUGGUAGCUAUAGAUAUGAUGCAAUGUUGAUGAAAGAGGACUUGAAGAAUACAAGUUGGCUUCUAAGCACGGAUGACAAAUCUGAUCAAGGGUCACUGUUUGAUCACAGGUUUGAGCCGCUUCCUGAACUUUUUGAUCCCCUACUAUAACAAUUCAGUUCAUUGUCAGUCAAUGGUGUUAUCCGCGACUCAGUGUACUCUUUUCUGUUUUACCCGUGCAAUCUGUUUCUUGAAAGCUUGUUUUUUCUUGUCCACCACCGGCUGUUGAUGUUGAUGCAUGUUUUAUCCAAUUGAUGUUAACAGACCAAAAUAUCUGAUUCAAUCUACAAUAUCGUAAUACAUUUUCCUUU